AUGUCAGAGGAGUGUGGAAUGGACUCUUCAUCUGAGAUGAGUCUCUCAGAAGAUGACAGCUCUGUGUCUGUGAAGAGUGACCAGUCAAAGGAGUUCGACCAACCAAACUUCAGUGAAGAGAAACCAACAUCUAUACGAAGCAUUGGCUCAGAUGUUUCUGUGUCUGUGAAGAGUGACUGGUCAAAAGACAACCCACCAGAUUUCAGUGAGGAAAACCCAUUAUCUACCCAAAGGCUUCAGUAUGAGACACAAGACUCUUUCCAGACUCACAGAAUCCUCAAACCACAAAGUUUCAAAGAGAAUCUAUUGGGGAUUUUCAAGAUGCUGAAGAGCCAAAUAAUCACAUUAUUUACAAAUGAGUUAGAAAAGUUCAAUAAAAUAUUACAAAAUGAGAAUGCACAUUAUUUUGUAAAGGACUUUAAUGAGAACAGAUCCACCAUCACAGAAGCAGCUCUUGAGCUCACACUCUACUUCCUGAGAGAAAUGAAGCAAGAUGAAGCUGCAGAUGCACUAGAAGAUAAGCUGUUUAUCGGUAAUCAGCUGAAAUGUGGCCUACAGAAGAAGUAUCAGUGUGUGUUUGAAGGAAUUUCAAAGCAAGGAGACUCCACACUCCUGAAGAACAUCUACACAGAUCUCUAUAUCACUCAGGGUGGCAGUGAACAGGUCAAUACUGAACAUGAGGUCAGACAGAUUGAAGUUGCGUCCAGACGUCAUAAAGCUCAAGAGAAACAGGUUGAAUGCAGACAUUUGUUUGAAGCGUCUGAACAAGACAUGCAGAUCAGAACUGUACUAACAAAAGGAGUCGCUGGCAUCGGGAAAUCAGUCUCUGUGCAAAAGUUUGUUCUGGAUUGGGCUGAAGGAAAAGAAAAUCAAGAGAUCAGCUUCAUAUUUCCUCUUCCCUUCAGAGAGAUGAACUUAAAGGAGAAAGAAAAGCUCAGUUUGAUGGAGCUUAUAACUCAGUUGUUCCCAGAGACAAAAGGACUGAACCUUACAAGAAGGUAUCGAUUCAAAGUCCUGUUCAUCCUUGAUGGAUUGGAUGAAUGUCGUCUUCCUCUGAACUUUGCUGGUAAUGAGACGUGUUGUGAUGUUUCAUCACCAGCCUCUCUGGAUGUUCUCCUGACGAACCUCAUCAAGGGAAAUCUGCUUCCUUCUGCUCUCAUCUGGAUCACCAGCAGACCAGCAGCUGCCAGUAAGAUUCCUCCUGACUGUAUCGACCGGCUGACAGAGAUACGAGGAUUCAAUGAUGCACAAAAGGAGGAGUACUUCAGAAAAAGACUCACAGAUGAGAAUCAGGCCAAAGAAAUCAUUGAUCAUGUUAAACAAUCAAAGAGUCUCUUCAUCAUGUGCCACAUCCCUGUCUUCUGCUGGAUUUCAGCCACUGUUCUCCAGAACAUUUUACAGGAGAAGACAAAUAAUGAUGUGAAAAACAAUCAGACUGAUGACGCCUCCAAAACACUGCAGGAAUCAAACACUGAAGACACUCCCAAGACUCUGACACAGAUGUACACACACUUUCUGCGCUUUCAGAUCAAGCAGAGCAGACGAAAGUAUAGUGGGGAAAACACACCAGAUGUGUCCUGGGAUAAAGACACCAUCCUUUCCCUGGGGAAACUGGCAUUUGAUAAUCUGGAAAGAAACAACUUAAUCUUCUAUGAUACAGACCUGGAAGCCUGUGGUGUUGACUUCUAUAAGGCCUCAAUGUAUGCUGGCAUGUGUUCCCAGAUAUUUAAGGAGGAAACAGGGAUUGUUCUUGGUACCAUGUACUGCUUUGUUCACUUGAGUGUUCAAGAGUUUAUUGCAGCCCUUUAUGCACAUCUGUUUCUAGAUAUCAACAAAAAAAGUGUGUUUGAUCAAGACUCUAGAAACAGAAAUGAGUCCAUGAUUGAUUUGCUGAAGACUGCAGUGGACAAGGCACUUGAGAGUGACAAUGGACACCUGGACCUUUUCCUUCGCUUCCUUCUCGGCUUGUCACUCCAAUCCAAUCGACGACUCUUACGAGGUCUAUUGACACAGCAAGACCACAAUGACCAUGAGGAAAUAAUUCAGUACAUCAAGCAGAAGUUUGAAUCAAAUCUUUCUCCAGAGAGAUCCAUCAAUCUGUUCUACUGUCUGAUUGAACUAAACGAUGAAACUCUGGUAAAGGAAAUUCAGACUCACCUUAGCACAGGAAGUCUCUCAUCUGCUGAUCUUUCACCUGCCCAGUGGUCUGCUCUGGUCUUUGUGUUGUUGACAUCAGAGGAGAAGAUGGAGGAGUUUGAGCUUCAAGAAUUCAAGAAGUCAGAUGAGUGCCUCAUCAGGCUAUCAGCAGUCAUCAAAACCUUCAGAAGAGCUCUGUUAAAUGACUGUAACUUAACAGCGAGAAGCUGUUCAGCUCUGGCUACAGUUUUCAGAUUUGAUAAUAGUCUAAAAGAGCUGAACAUGAGCAAUAAUAAUCUGCAGGAUUCAGGAGUGAAGGCUCUCUGCUCUGGACUGAAGAAUAUAAAGUGUCAUUUGGAAAUUCUGAAACUGUCAGACUGCAGUAUCACAGAGAGAGGUUAUAAAGCUCUGGCUUCAGCUCUGAGAUCAAACCCUUCACACCUGAUAGAGCUGGAUCUCAGAGGAAAUGAUCCUGGACAAUCAGGAGUGAAGGAGCUCACUGAGUUACUGCAGGAUCCACACUGUACACUGAAGACACUGAGACUUUCAGACUGCAGUAUCACUGAAGAAGGUUAUAAAGCUCUGGCUUCAGCUCUGAGAUCAAACCCUUCACACCUGAUAGAGCUGGAUCUCAGAGGAAAUGAUCCUGGACAAUCAGGAGUGAAGGAGCUCACUGAUUUACUACAGGAUCCAAAUUGUUCACUCAACACACUAACUCUUUCAGACUGCAGUAUCACAGAAGAAGGUUAUAAAGCUCUGGCUUCAGCUCUGAGAUCAAACCCUUCACACCUGAUAGAGCUGGAUCUCAGAGGAAAUGAUCCUGGGCAAUCAGGAGUGAAGGAGCUCACUGAGUUACUGCAGGAUCCAAACUGUGCGCUGAAGACACUGAGGUUGUUACGAAAUCUUGAUGCAGAGGAAGUCUGUCAGUUUUUGACUGGAGUUUUGGGUAUAAACCCGUUACUCCUGAAAGAACUGAAUCUGAGUGAUCGUAAACUAGGAGACACACAAGUGAAUCAACUCUCUGCUCUACUGCAGGAUAAACACUGUAAACUCAACAAUCUCCAAAUGCGUGAUUGUGAUCUAACAGAGGAAAGCUGUUCAGCUCUUGCUUCAGUUCUCAGAUCAGUCUCCAGCAGUCUGAAGGAUCUUGACCUGAGCAAUAAUAAUCUGCAGGAUUCAGGAGUGAAGCUACUUUCUGAUGGACUGAAGGACAGUAAACUGGAGAAACUCAGUCUUUCAGACUGUAGUAUCAGUGGAGAAGGUUAUAAAGCUCUGGCUUCAGCUCUGAGAUCAAACCCUUCACACCUGAUAGAGCUGGAUCUCAGAGGAAAUGAUCCUGGACAAUCAGGAGUGAAGGAGCUCACUGAUUUACUGCAGGAUCCACACUGUACACUGAAGACACUAAGGUUUUUGAGAAGCCCUGCUGCAGAUGAAGGCUGUCAGUUUGUUACUGGAAUUGUGGGUAAAAACCCGUUACUCCUGAAAGAACUGAAUCUGAGUGAUCGUGAACUGGGAGACACACAAGUGAAUCAACUCUCUGCUCUACUGCAGGACAAACACUGCAAACUCAAUACACUGAUUCUGUGUGAUUGCAGUAUUACGGAGAAACAGUGUGAGAUCCUGACUUCAGCUCUGAAAGCAAACCCAUCACACCUGAGAGAACUGAACCUUAGUGGGACAAUAAAAAACGUGGGAGUGAAGCACAUAUGUGAACUACUGAAUGAUCCACGCUGUUAUCUACAGAGACUGAGGUUAAGAAACUGUGAUAUGACAGGUAAAGGUUGUUCAUCUGUGACUACAGCUCUGAAAUCAAACCCAUCACACCUGAGAGAACUGGACCCGAGUGGGAAUAAACUAGGAGACUCUGGAUUUAAAAGCCUCAGUGAUUUACUGAUGAACCCACGAUGCAAACUGGAAAUACUGGCUCUGUGUGAUUGCAGUAUCAAAGAGAAACAGUGUGUGAUCCUGACUUCAGCUCUGAGAUCAAACCCAUCACACCUGAGAAAGCUGGAUCUCAGUGGGAAUAAACUCAAGCACAAACGAGUGAAGCACUUUUAUGAUGUGCUGAAAGAUUCACGCUGUAAACUGGAGGGACUGAGGUUAAGACACUGCAGUAUACAAGAUGAAGAUUGUUUCGACCUGAUUUUAGCUCUGAAAUCAAACCCAUCACACCUGAGAGAACUGGACCUCAGUGGGAAUAAUCUGGGAGACUCUGGAAUGAAAAACCUCAGUGAUUUACUGAUGAAGCCACAAUUCAAGCUGGAGAAAUUAGUUCUGUCAGAAUGCAGAAUUACAGAGGAACAGUGUGUGAUCCUGACUUCAGCUCUAAAAUCAAACCCAUCACACCUGAGAGAACUGAACCUCAGUGGAAAUCAAAUAGGAAACAGAGAAAAGGACAUUCUGUGUGACAUGCUGAAUAAUCCACACUGUAAACUCAAGAAAUUAAGGCUCAACAGCACCACCUGAAGUCCUUUUCAAGCACUUUUUAAAUGGAGUAUAAAAGGAACUAGUGG